GUCGGCGGCGGAGAGUGAUUCGGGCGGGCGUAACUGCGAACUUUUGUUUGGUGUGUUGUGUGAGUUAGUUUCCGCCGCCGGGACAGAGGCGCCGGCCGGGCUGGGCCGGGCUCGGGGAAGCGCCGCACGGUCAGAGUUGUUUUGCCAGUUGCCGCGGCCGAGUCGGCUUCCCGACCGAGGGGUGAGAAGUACCGGCGACAGCAGGACGAGCCCGCGGCCCGGGGAGCGGGGCAUGCGGGACUUGAAAUCCGGGCUCUGAGCCGCCGAGCCCCGCCAGGGAAGCGCCGGGGGGUCCCGACGGAGCCAUGGAUCCUGGGCAGCCUCAAACGCAGCAGCCGCCGCAGGCAGCGCAGCCCCCGGCCUCGCAGCAGCAGCAGCCGCCGCCGCAGCCCCCGGGCGCGGUGUCGGGGGCCCCGGCCGGCGCGGCGCAGCCCCCGGGUGCGGGGCCCCCUCCGGCGGGGCACCAGAUCGUCCAUGUGCGGGGCGACUCGGAGACCGACUUGGAGGCGCUGUUCAACGCCGUGAUGAACCCCAAGGGCGCCAACGUGCCACACACGCUGCCCAUGCGGCUGCGGAAACUGCCCGACUCCUUCUUCAAGCCGCCCGAGCCCAAGGCCCACUCCCGCCAGGCCAGCACUGAUGCCGGGACAGCAGGAGCCCUGACCCCACAGCAUGUCCGAGCUCAUUCCUCUCCAGCAUCACUGCAGCUGGGGGCUGUUUCUCCAGGGACACUUACACCCUCUGGAGUAGUGACUGGACCUGGAGCUCCAUCUUCUCAACACCUCCGCCAGUCUUCUUUUGAGAUCCCUGAUGAUGUACCUUUGCCACCAGGCUGGGAGAUGGCUAAGACACCAUCUGGACAGAGAUACUUUCUUAAUCACAUUGAUCAAACAACAACAUGGCAAGAUCCUAGGAAGGCCAUGCUUUCCCAGAUGAAUGUUACAGCUCCCACCAGUCCUUCUGUGCAGCAGAACAUCAUGAACUCGGCAUCAGGCCCACUCCCCGAUGGAUGGGAACAAGCUAUGACCCAGGAUGGAGAAAUUUACUACAUAAACCAUAAGAACAAGACCACAUCUUGGCUAGACCCAAGGCUUGACCCACGCUUUGCCAUGAAUCAGCGAAUCAGCCAAAGUGCUCCAGUUAAACAGCCACCUCCUCUGGCUCCUCAGAGUCCCCAGGGUGGUGUGAUGGGUGGGAGUAGCUCCAAUCAGCAGCAACAGAUGAGACUUCAGCAGCUACAGAUGGAGAAAGAAAGGCUGAGACUGAAGCAUCAAGAACUGCUUCGGCAGGUGAGGCCACAGGCAUUGCGGAAUAUCAAUCCCAGCACAGCAAAUUCUCCAAAACAUCAGGAAUUGGCUCUCCGUAGCCAGCUUCCAACAAUGGAACAAGACGGUGGAUCUCAAAACCCCGUGUCAUCUCCUGGAAUGUCUCAGGAACUGAGAACAAUGACUACAAAUAGUUCUGAUCCCUUUCUUAACAGUGGAACAUAUCACUCCAGAGAUGAAAGCACAGAUAGUGGACUUAGCAUGAGCAGUUACAGUGUACCCAGAACCCCAGAUGACUUCCUGAACAGUGUUGAUGAGAUGGAUACAGGUGACAGUAUCGGCCAAAGUAACAUACCAUCCCAUCAGAACCGUUUCCCAGACUACCUUGAAGCCAUUCCAGGGACAAAUGUGGACCUUGGGACACUGGAAGGAGAUGGAAUGAAUAUAGAAGGAGAAGAACUGAUGCCAAGUCUGCAAGAGGCUUUGAGCUCUGACAUCCUUAAUGACAUGGAAUCUGUCUUGGCAGCCACCAAGCUAGAUAAAGAGAGCUUUCUUACUUGGUUAUAGGGGCCUCAGGGAGACUGAAUUCUAAAUCUGUGAAGGAUCUAAGGAGAUUAGGACAUCUGUAUCUGAAGUUCAGAACAAGCCAGUGUGGUGCACUUUGGCUUGUGUUCAGAAAAAGUAAAUGAACAAAUAUUCAACAAGAUUCUUUGGGUUUGCUCUUCCUUGUCCAUCGCUGCUGUUAUAUAUUGCUGACUUUUUUCCACAGUUGACUCUGAAGAACAGACAUCUUCUUGAUCUUUUUCUAUUGCUGUUGCAACUACUGUUCAAGGGGGGUGGGGAGGGAUGAUGAGCCUAUUUUGGAUGACGAAUGCCAUUCCUUUUGUCCUAGUGUGCGCUUGCAUAUCAUUUUAUCUAAGUACUCAGAUUUGAGAGUUAAUUUCUGCAUGUCACUGCUUGUAGUUUGCUCAGCUAGUUGUCUCCUGCUGCCUGUGGCAAGUGGUAAAACAUGACAUACUGGGGUGACAAGCCAAAAAUGAUGUAUCUGGUCAAAAGAAGUCAAUACUGAUUUGGAGAUAUGACGUAAAGGAGGGCUGAAGACUGGCAUUAAGUGUUCCUACUAGUAGCUCUUGCAUUAGUCAUGAAGUGCUCUUGUUCAUAUUUUAUGUUAUAGUAAAUCAUGAGUCAUUUUACAUAGAAACAUAUAUGAACUUUGAUUGUUGCCACAUACUCUAGCCUAACUUCCAUUUGUCAAAAAUACUUUUGAUAAUUUUUGUUAGUUGGUUUAACUGUAGCAGUAGGAUGGGAAGUAAUUAUAGGUGUUCUGGGGUUUUUUUUAGUAGUGAAAUCUAAGGGUUUUUUCUGAUUUCACACAGUCUUAUUUAAAUCUGAAUUGUCUGCUUUUUUUUAUACUUAAACCAUGCCUAUUGUAGCCUGAUAAGCUAGUGAGUACAUGAACCAGUAUGUUUUGCCUGUAACUUUUUUUUUUUUUUAAAGGCUAGCUUUGAAUGUAAUCAUUAGAUUUCAUGACCAGUGGCUUAUUUUUCAUGUGUAUUUGCAAGACUUUGAAUUAGAAUCUGAUUACAGCAAUGUAAAAGUUAGAAUCGUGUGUCAUGUGUACAAAUUUUAAAUGCAUUUUAAAGUAGCAGAACCAUUUUAAAAUUACAUCUAAUCUCUCUUCUGGUUUUCAGUUUUGGUCUCUAAGUGAGUUCAGAUUUUAAAAUCCUUAAUGGGAAACAAAAAUUUAUGAAAAGUUUCUCUUAAGUUAUUACUGAAAAAAAUUCUGAACUAUUAAUAUCACUGUGCAUUGCAAUGAAAAGGCUAGAACACCAAAAAACUCCUCAAUAAAAACUUCAAAGUGUAAUAGUUAUCAAGUUCUGUUUGGUGAAAAAUAAGCCCUGGACACUAUAUGUAGAAGAAUGUAAAGAUACGUGUUAGAUGGUGACAUGAGCAGGUAAUGAAGUGUAUAUUAGUAGUAGAGCUUAGUGUGGGGUAGAGGUGAAUAAGAAUUAUUUUUAUUUUAACAGGAAAAGAUGUAUCACUAAGUUGUCUGCAGGAGUUGACACAAGUUUCCAAAGAGUAUUUUUAAAUAAACAAAGCGAGCAUGAAUCAAA